GUUUCUCGGCUGGUCCAAGCCGGUUUAUUUAAGCUUCUGUGUGGCACGGAGUGGCACAGGGGUGAUUUUUAAUCCGGAGCAAAAGGGAAGCCUGGUGCUUUGCUUUUUCCUUUUUUUUUUCUCCUUUGGGGAAGGGGUUGAUUCUCGAAUCCCAAAGCUGUUUUGUUUUCCUCCCAAAAAAAGACAAUUGGAUUUUUUAUUUUCCUUGAAGACGGUUCCUUUCUCACCCAAGUGGCAUUUUUUUUUUAACCGCCACCAAAACUGAACUUCAGUUUUGUCUCAUUCUGAGUUUGGACUUAUCCAAAAGCUUCUGAAAGAAAUUCAAGGCGGCUGUUGUUUGUUUAGUUCAUUUUUUAAUUUUUAUUGGGAAAGAAGAAGGCCAACAGAUUUAUUUCCGUGAGACAAGUCGGCCUCAGGACAAGACUGCGGAAUUCAGGUUUUUUUUUCUUCCCCUUUUUGCACCUGUUGGAAAACUUUCUCUCUCUUUCUUUUUUUCUUUUUGACUCUGUUUUCAGUUUCCUCCUGCUGAAUCUCUCUACCCAGGAUGGCUGACAACCAGAUUCCUUUCUCGUGUUACCCUGGCCGGCAUCGGAAUAUCAGAGAUCCCUUCAGGGAACCAAGCCUGUCCUCUCGUCUCCUGGAUGAUGACUUUAACAUGUCACCUUUCCCCGGGGAUCUGACUGCCAACUGGCCAGAUUGGGCCCGCUCGCCCCUCACCGCAGGCUGGUCAAACCCUUUGAGAUCAGGGGUGGUCCGGAGCAGUGGAUUCUCCCCUCCGGGGUACGGCUCACGUUUUGGGGCUCACCCAGAAGGGAGUCCCUUUGGAUCAUCCAGCCCGCCGACCUUCACGGGCGAACCCUGGAAAGUCUGCGUCAACGUGCAGAGUUUUAAACCCGAAGAGCUCUCAGUCAAGACCAAGGAAGGUUAUGUGGAAGUGUCAGGUGAGAAACGAGAGGAGGAGGAGGAGGAGGAGGUGGUACAGAAGAACUUCUUUGUGCUCCUCAGGCUUCCCGUGGAAGUGGACCCUACCACAGUCUUCGCCUCCUUGUCCCCCGAAGGUCUCCUGAUCAUUGAAGCUCCACAGAUACCUCCAUACUGUCAGUACGGGGAGGGCAGCUAUGGCAACGAGAUUCCUUUGGAUACCCAAGAAGCAACUUGUGCUUGAAGAAAUCCCAGCCCAAGAUUGCCUCCCCCACCCCCAACAAAACCCCUUCCGUCGUUCGACCACCCCUGCAGUUGCCUUCACUCAAAGCCUUCUUCCUUGCAGAUGUCCUGCUCAACCCUACUCUUGAAUGGACUUGUUGAGUUCCCACGUUGGGCUUGGGCGGGGGGGGGAGGUGUCAAAGGGAGAAGAAGAGUAGUGUUGACCUGUCUUUGAGGCUUUCCAAAUCGGUGGUGUAAAAUUAUACUUGAUGCCCUCUUUCAAACAGAGGUGAUGUUGUGUCAGAAGGAUUCAGUUCCAGAAAGCUUCUUUGAUCCACCACGCGUAGUAGGCUAUUUUUGGAAGGUUUUGAGGAAGUGUUGACGUCAAGGUUGGUUCUUUAGGUCUUUCAGGAUGGAGAUUUAGAGCUGGGGCAAAUCCAGAAGAGAGGCAAACCCUUGGCAAGGUGACAUCAAGGGGAAGUAAAUGUAGUGGCACUGUUGUGUACAUUUCCCACAAUGCCUGGUGUCGGGGCAUUGUGAGAAAUGGCUAGCCACCACAACUUCCCAAGCUCGGAUGUCUUCAUUGCAUGAAGGAUCUACAACAAUCUUUGGUCCUGCUGAGAAGUAUUUAAGGACUCAUUCACCAUCUAACCUUUCACUGAUUCCAUGUUGAGAAAUGGUCAAAGAUCCCAGACCCAUCAUUCUGAUCUAAGCCCCUUUAUGGCUGGCUUCAUCGUCCCACCAACAGAGAUCCCAGCCUUCAAGCAAGGAAGUCAUUUUGCCCAAACACGGCUAAGAGAUCAUCUCAAGAUAUCUGGAGAUCUAGGGAAGGUCUCAUCAAGUGUUUGGCCAUCUCAUAUGGAGAGAUGGAGAGGUUAAGGCCAAGAUAAGUCAUCAUCCUCUGGUUGAGGUCUCACCUCCUAGGUGAAGCUGGAUUCAUAACACAAUUUUCCUCCCCAAUAACACUUUUGUGGUGAUACCUCUCCAACCUCUACACCCACUAUGGCCAUUUUAAGACUGGUGGACUUGAAGGCCACAAGUCUUAAAGUGCCCAAGGUUGGACAGGAUGGGACAAUUCUAUACGGCCACAUCAAUCACCUUGCCCAGGUUGAAUGUCCCUCUUCUACACCAUGGGCUGCUGAAGUCUCACCUAAGUGCUUAAAAGCCCUACAACUGAGAUUGCACUAAAAUGUAAUUUGUCCGAGUUGCUAUCCUCCAUCCAGGUUUACAGAUGUCCAGAGCACUGAUUUAUGAUGCGCUGAAGAUUUCUUUUUUUUUUUUUAAUGAUGUUCUCAGCACACUUUGGUUCCUUUUUUUAGCUGACUUGUCUUCAUCGUAAAAUAGUCUCUUUUAACCUCAAGAGCUGAGUUGGCAUUGGGGCAAGCCAGGCUAAAAUUCCCUCUGACCCCCAAAUUGCAAUUGUAACAGUGCUGCCACCGCCUUAUCCUUCUUCCAUUAAUGCUGCUUGCGACGUGAUACGCAUUUCUGCUCCCCGGUUUCAUGGAGGACUUAACUGAUUAUAUUUUCAUUCCCCCCACCCCCUGUAUUCUGUAUCCGAUGUAGCAACCAAUUGUCCUUAAUAAACUUUUGGGUAUAUGUGAGGUA